AUGGCUUUUCGUAAUUUAACACGUGGUUUAUUUCAAAUAGUGACACAUCGAAGAUUUUAUUCAUCGAUUCAGCAACAAAUUUUUAUUCGAAAACCAAUAUUAAAUAGUCAACAAUUUCGAUUAUUUUCAUCUGCUCAAAUACAAAAUGAUGCUUAUAAAGAUUUAAGUAAAUUUCUUGAAAAAGAAAUCCACUUAGAAAAAACUGCACAAAAACAUCCAAGUCAAUUACCAACAAUUCAAGGUUUUGAGGUUCAAUGCGAUGGUCCUGAAAUAACAUUGACUCGUAAAUCAGGAAAAGAAAAAGUUACUGUUAAAUUUAAUGUAACAAAUACAGUAAAUACAGCUGAAACUGAUCAAGACAUAGAUUUAGAUGCAGCAGCACAACAGCAAUCAGGUAGUGAAGCAUCUCAACCAUCAUCACAAUUAAAAUCACGACCAACAUUUACUGUUGAUAUUAAUCGUGGUGGACAAACAUUAUCAUUUUUAUGUUCAUAUUUACCCCAAGAUUAUUCAAAUGUACCAGAACAAUAUCAAAGUGGAGAAAAUGAACAACAACAAGGAGAAAUCAAUAAUGAAAAUGAUAAAUUAGAAGAUUUUCAAAUUGAUGAAUUUGCUAUUCAUGAUGGAGACUGGAAUGAUCGUGUUUAUAGUACUGAUUGUGCUGUUAUUGAUGGAGAACUUUAUGAUAAAUUACUUAAUUUACUUGAAGAACAUGGAAUUGGAGAAGAAUUCGCCAAUCAAUUGAUUGAUUUUUCUACAGCCUAUGAACAUGGCCAAUAUAUUGGUCUACUUGAAAAAUUACAAAAAUUUUGCAAACAAUAG